ACGAGGGGUAAAUAUUCAAGUGAAUCGUUCUAGGUCUGGAAUUGGGCUCGUGGUGUCUCUUGAAGGUAUCAAUGAACUGCUUCGUGGGAAGUUUAGAUAACGUUACAGAAACUUUUACCCAGUGUCUGAGAAAAAGGUAGCAUUUGCUUGUCGUGAGGAUUUUGAUCAGUAUCUUUGGAAAGUUUUCUUACUUCUUUUAAUAACCGUUAUAAUCGGUAGAACCGAUUUCAGGAUGAAGUACAUCAUAGGAAUUGGAGGAGUGACAAAUGGUGGCAAAACCACACUGACGAACAGCCUGGUCAAACUUUUACCUAAUUGCUGUGUGAUCCAUCAAGAUGAUUUCUUCAAGCCACCGGAUCAAAUAGAAGUCGGAGAGGACGGCUUUAGGCAAUGGGAUGUUAUUACAGCUAUGGAUAUGGAGGCCAUGGUCAACACUAUAAAGGGCUGGAUUGAGAAUCCUGUCAAGUUUGCCCGUUCCCACGGUGUGAGGCUCUCGCCUGCGGCAGAUGUGGAAAAUCGAGAGAAGCAGACCCACAUACUGAUUGUGGAGGGCUUCCUGCUCUACAACUACAUGCCAUUGGUUGAUGUCUUCGACAAAAGUUACUACAUCAGCAUUCCAUAUGAGGAAUGCAAGAGGAGAAGGAGUACAAGACAAUAUACUGUCCCAGACCCCCCUGGCUUGUUUGAUGGCCAUGUGUGGCCCAUGUACCUGAAGCACAGGACGGCGAUGGAGCACAGCUGCUUGAACAUUGAAUAUCUAGAUGGCUUGAAGUCUAAAGAUGAAAUCUUCAACCUGGUGUUUGAAGGCAUUCAGAAUACAUUGUUAAAUUGUUUAUAGUAAGAACUCCACAACGCUGCCAUGUACAGAUCUGUAAAUAGUACCCAGUCUGAAGACAUUCUUGUGGAUGUUGUUUUUUUUUCUUCUUCUUGCCUACAGUUUUGUAUAUAGUAAUGCAUUUUAAUUUAUCAAAUUUUUUGAGGAACUACGUUAGUUUUGUUUUUCUGGAACUUUACUAAUUGCAUUUAUUACUUGAUUAUGUAAUGUUUUGUAAGAUGUGUUUGUAGUGGUUUAUUUGUGCACUCAUGCAGGUUACAGCCUGCCUACUUUCAAAGACCUUUCCCAAAUAAAUGAGUUUGUCACAAUUUUGUGAAUGCUCUCUACACUAAA